AUGAAAAUAUCUUAUUCCGAAAAGCAUUAUUUAGAAACUCCUAUUACAGUCACAGUCGCAGACAUAGGACUUAGGUUGGUAUUCGAGAAUUCUGACAAGCAAGAGCUUGUUUUAAUCGAAGUGAUUGACUUCAAGAGCUUGAAGUUGAGUUACAAUGGAAUAAAUUUAAAUGAUAUAACGGAAAACGUGGAGGAUACGUAUGAAAAUGAAGCACAGGAGAAUUCGGAACAAAGGACGAAUACCACACUCCCAAAUUUAAAGCAAAUAUAUAACCAAACAUUUGGUCCCACAUAUCCUGGAAAAUUGUCAAAAAGUUCAGAUUACUACACUUUGUCUUACCCUGGGAUUUCAUUCAAAUUCAAGAUAAAUCUGAAUGAGUUGAUUAACAAAUUGAAAGGAUUAGGCGCAGAGGUGAAUGAUAAUACUAUUUUAUCCAAGUUAUUGAACUGGGAUAAAAAUAGUGACAUUGCAUGUGAAUCACUUUCAAUUUUCCUGGGCUCAUCAUGGGAGAACUUCUAUGAAACGUUUAAAAGUAACAUUCUGAAACCUAAGCAAAUAACCAAAGAGAAAAAUAAGGCAUCAUCAUCUGCUGUUCAUAUUUCUAAAUUAUUGGUGAAUUUAAAGUUAGGAAUGAUCAAAUUAAUAUUUGGGGCUACUUCUGAUAAGAAUCAACCAAAGGAAUAUGUAAUUAAAAUCGGCGAGACAACGCAGCAAGAAGUAUCAAACAUAUUAGGCUCUCCUGAUGAUUAUUUUAACAAGUUUGAUUCCAGAUUAUUAAUUCACAAUCAUUUAUCAAAGUCAUUUAAAAUCGAUUUGAAUGAUAACUCGAUUUAUAAGUUUCACAAUUAUUUCAGAUAUGGGCUUGAUUUUCUAUAUGAUCUCAAUUCAAUCAAGUCGAAAUCUACAGGAGUUCUAAAAAAACUCAUUAUCCAUAAUGGUGGCAUAACUGAAAGUUUAGAUUUCAUGAAAUGGAAUAAAUGUAACUGGGAAAUAGUAGCUGGUCAGGACUGCAAUGCUGCACAUCCGUUUGGAUUAAAAAAUGAUGUUUCAAUCAAUUCAUCUAUGUAUUUCAAAGAUAUCCCAGCUGAAUUCUUUAACCAAAUUGAAGGAAGUACUAACUUAAGGCCUGUUUUAUUGAAUAGAAACGAAACUGAAUUCAUUGAUAAUGAUUUAGAUAUUAUCAAUCCUGAUGAAAUUCGUGAGGACAAUAAUGCAGCUCUUGAAAAGCAUCAGUCAAGAGAAUCUACAAUUUCUGGUGAAACUUGCAAAACAAAAACUUGGGGCCAAUCUAAAUUAUAUGGAUCCAAUAGAUGCAUUUGGGAAGUAGUUGAAAGUAAUGGAUGUAUAACAAGUGUUACAAUUUUUUAA